ACGCGGCCGGCCCGGAAGCGCGCCGGCUCGGAGCAGGCCGGGUGUGUGGUGUGUCCGCGAUCUGGUACGUGGCCUCCCAUGGCGGUGAAGCGCGUCCAUUGGCUGUCCCCUCGAUUGGUCAGCGCUGUCUGGGGCUUCCUUUACCAGUAAGUCCCCUCUGAGUUCCCUCUCUAGAGCAGGACAGCGAGGAGAACACGGAAGUCACAAAAUGACACCAGCUGGGUUCUCUCUCCAACAGACUUUGCGUUUGCAGGACCAAGGAUGCUGUGCUGCUCUCCCAUGAGCUGGUCACCAAGUCUGUCUACUGCAGCCCUUCCUGCACCUCUGGCUCUCUGGAGGCUCUGCCGUGCUCCGUGCCGAGAUGAAGUGUGUGUUGGUGACCACUGAGGGUGCAGAGGUCCUCUUCUACUGGACAGACAAGGAGUUUGAAGAGAGUCUCCGGCUGAAGUUUGGGCAGCCAGAGAAUGGGGAGGAAGAGCUCCCUGCCCUCGAGGACCAGCUCAGCACCCUCCUGGCCCCGGUCAUCAUCUCCUCCAUGACGAUGCUGGAGAAGCUCUCAGACACGUACACCUGCUUCUCAACGGAAAAUGACAGCCACCUGUAUGUCCUUCACCUGUUUGGAGAGUGCCUGUUCAUCGCAAUCAAUGGGGACCACACAGAGACUGAGGGGGACCUUCGGCGGAAGCUGUGCGUGCUCAAGUACCUGUUCGAGGUGCACUUUGGGCUGGUGACUGUGGACAGCCAGCUCAUCCGAAAGGAGCUGCGGCCCUCAGAUCUGGAGCAGCGUGUCCAGGUGUGGGAGCGCUUCCAGAGUCUGCUGCAGACCUACGGCCACCUGCGGGAGCAGGAGCAGUGUUUCGCAGUGGAGGCACUGGAGCGGCUGAUCCACCCCCAGCUCUGUGAGCUGUGCAUCGAGGCACUGGAGCGGCACGUCGUCCAAGCUGUCAACACCAGCCCCGAGCGGGGCGGCGAGGAGGCCCUGCACGCCUUCCUGCUCGUGCACUCCAAGCUGCUGGCCUUCUACUCCAGCCACAGCGCCAGCUCCCUGCGCCCGGCCGAUCUGCUCGCCCUCAUCCUCCUGGUGCAGGACCUCUACCCCAGCGAGAGCACGGCGGAGGAUGACGACGACGACGCUCAGCCUUCCCCACGGAGGCCCUGGAGCAGCCAGAACAUCCCAGUGCAGCAGGCCCGGAGCCCUCACUCCGCAGGCCCGUCCGUGGGGAGUUCUGCCGAGACGCAGACAGACAGCUUCUCCCUGCCCGAGGAAUACUUCACACCAGCCCCUUCCCCUGGCGAGCAGAGCUCAGGUAGCACCAUCUGGCUGGAGGGGGGGACCCCGCCCACUGACAUGCCUCAGAUAGCAGAGGACACACUCCAAGUGCUGGCUCCCCCGGCCCCUGCACCUCCUGGCCCCAGACGGAUCUUCCUGGAUGCCAGCAUGAAGGAGAGCUACUGCCCCCUGGUGCCACACACCAUGUACUGCCUGCCCCUGUGGCCGGGCAUCAACAUGGUGCUCCUGACCCGGAGCCCCAGCACGCCCCUGGCGCUGGCGCUGUACCAGCUGCUGGAUGGGUUCUCCCUGCUGGAGAAGAAGCUGAAGGAGGGCCCAGAGGCCGGGGGUGCCCUGCGGUCCCAGCCCAUCAUGGGAGACCUGCGCCAGAGGAUGGACAAGUUUGUCAAGAAUCGUGGGGGACAGGAGAUUCAGAGCGCCUGGCUGGAGUUUAAGACCAAGGCCUUCUCCAAAAGUGAGCCAGGAUCCUCCCGGGACCUGCUCCAGGCGUGUGGGAAGGUGAAGCGGCAGCUCUGCGCCAUCUACCGUCUGAGCUUCCUGGCCGCAGCCCCAGGCCGGGGAGGCCCGCACCUGCCCCAGCACCUGCAGGACCAAGCCCAGAAGUUCAUGCAGGAGAAGCUGCUGGACUGGAAGGACUUCCUGUUGGUGAAGAGUAGGAGGAACAUCACCAUGGUGUCCUACCUGGAAGACUUCCCAGGCUUGGUGCACUUCAUCUACGUGGACCGCACGACCGGGCAGAUGGUGGCUCCUUCCCUCAGCAGCAGUGAAAAGACUUCAUCGGAGUUGGGCAGGGGGCCCCUGGCUGCCUUCGUCAAAACCAAGGUCUGGUCUCUGAUCCGGCUGGCGCGCAGAUACCUGCAGAAGGGCUACACCACGCUGCUGUUCCAGGAGGGGGAUUUCUACUGCUCCUACUUCCUGUGGUUCGAGAAUGACACGGGGCACAAGCUCCAGAUAAUCGAGGUGCCUGUCCUCUCCGAUGACUCGGUGCCCAUCGGCAUGCUGGGAGGAGACUACUACAGGAAGCUCCUGCGCUACUACAGCAAGAGCCGCCCAGCAGAGGCGGUCAGGUGCUACGAGCUGCUGGCCCUGCACCUGUCGGUCAUCCCCACCGACCUGCUGCUGCAGCAGGCCAGCCAGCUGGCCCGGCGCCUCUGGGAAGCCUCCCGAAUCCCGCUGCUCUAGGCCAGGGGUCUUCCCGGGCACCCCGUCCCCACCCCCCUUGCCAGCGUUCCCCAUGGCAAAGGCCGCCUCCUGAGGCUGGGGCAGGGUCCUCAGGCAGCCCCAGGGCAUCUUAAACUGCAUCUAGCCCACCCUCUAUGUGGGGUUCCAAGCCCCCCAGUCCUUCCCUCUGGAGGAAGAGGGAGCCCAAGGGUUCUUAGAACUACAGUGGCUGUCAGCUUAGAGCGUGCCAGAGCCGCCUCUCCCUGGAUACUCGGGGACAGGGAGCACGUUGCCAGGGACCAAGGCUGUCUGAAGGCACCUGCUUUCUGCUGUUCUCUGAGUGGGAAAAGCUCGUUCAGCAAGCCGUUUCUUGCCUGGGUGAAAGAUGCUCUCUUGGCUGGGUUUGAAUUCCAUUUCUGCCACCUCCUCUCCGUGGCCCUGGGCAAGUUUGUCAGACUCUAAACCUCUCCCCACAUUUAAAGUGCUGGCACCUCCCUCUCAGAGUGGAUAUGAGGAUUACUGAACACGUGGCAGGCACUCAAUAAAUGUUGGUUAUUGUUGUCAUUCAAA